AUUCCACCAGUGGCGCCACCAUUGUCACACGGUGAAAAGUGUCAAUAGGGCUCAAAAAGCAACAUACAUCGCCAGAAGGCGGAAAAAUUGCACAAUUCUCUGGGAAAAUCGCAUCAAGGCUGGAUAUAGCAGUACCAUUGAGACUCCAACAUUGUGGUAAAGUGCUUGACUGUGGUGGAUAAGUGUGCAAAAAAAGUGGGAAAAGUGCCGAAGUCUAAGGCAGGGUUUUUCGCGUGUUGAAGAAGGUGAAAGAAAAAAAUGCUGCCAUUCUCGUCGCCCAUCGUGAAGCGAUUGCUUGUGUGGAAAAAGGGCAAUGAAAAUUCAGUGGAAGAGGGAAAAUGGGCUGAGAAGGCUGUUAAGAGUCUGGUGAAGAAACUAAAGAAGUCUGAUGCGCUGGAAGAGCUAGAGAAAGCCAUCUCAACGCAGAAUUACAACACGAAAUGUAUCACAAUUCAGAGAAGCCGGCCAUUGAAUGGAGAGAAUGGGAUUACGCCCCGUAAGGGUCUACCCCAUGUAAUUUACUGUAGAUUGUGGCGUUGGCCUGAUCUGCAGAGUCAGAAUGAAUUGAGACCACUGGAUCACUGUGAAUAUGCCUAUCAUCUGAAGAAGGAUGAGGUGUGCAUAAAUCCUUAUCACUAUACUAAAGUGGAGACAUUGUCGAUUUUGGUGCCUAAGUCUCUGCCCAACACAGGAGUGGAUUCCAUCUGUCAGUAUCCACUCGAUGAUCUCAGCAACACGGUUCCUCACAACAUCCAGUUUACGAAUGCACUGAGUUUGCAACACUCUACGUCAUAUAUGGACGCGACACUGGGUCAACAGAUUCCUGGAAAUACCAUGAUUGAUUCUACGAGUUUGAGUGUGGGCAGUGUUGGGAGUAUCCCCAAUACGGAGACACCGCCUCCCGGCUAUAUGUCUGAAGAUGGAGACCCCAUGGAUCAAAAUGAUAAUAUGAGUCUAUCGAGAAUAACUCCAAGUCCUCCACUCGAUGCCCAACCUGUUCUCUACCAUGAACCUGCUUUUUGGUGUUCUAUCAGUUACUAUGAGUUGAACACGAGGGUUGGGGAAACCUUCCAUGCGUCUCAACCUUCAAUCACAGUGGAUGGAUUUACUGAUCCAUCAAAUUCAGAGAGAUUUUGCUUGGGAUUGCUGUCCAAUGUCAAUCGCAAUGAAGUGGUAGAACAGACUAGGAGGCAUAUUGGCAAGGGUGUUCGGCUCUACUACAUUGGAGGCGAAGUUUUUGCUGAGUGCUUAAGUGACUCCAGUAUUUUCGUACAGAGUCCCAAUUGCAAUCAGCGAUAUGGCUGGCAUCCGGCAACUGUUUGCAAAAUCCCACCAGGUUGCAAUUUGAAGAUCUUCAAUAAUCAGGAGUUUGCGUCUCUCCUCUCACAGUCAGUUUCACAGGGAUUCGAGGCAGUUUAUCAGCUCACGCGAAUGUGCACGAUUAGGAUGUCCUUUGUGAAGGGAUGGGGAGCUGAAUAUAGGAGACAAACUGUGACAUCAACACCUUGUUGGAUUGAAUUGCAUUUAAAUGGACCACUUCAGUGGCUGGAUCGUGUGCUCACGCAAAUGGGUUCCCCGCGAAUGCCCUGCAGUUCAAUGUCUUAAGGAAAGUUGUUGGCGUGAGAGAGAUAAGGUAAGAAAUAAAGUGUGAAUGCAUGAAAUGUGUGUGGGCGCAAAAGUGUGAAAGGAAUUAAAGAAAGAAAGAGAGAGAGAGAAAAAA